UUUUAAAAUGUUUUUUGUCUCAUUUUUGACAUGUAAAAAGAGCGUAAAUGCAAUAAUCUAAUUAAUCUGCAUCAUAACUGUUGAUCACGUGUCAGACCGAAGGUGCCUGCUGACCACAAAUGAUGAAGCUGGAUAGUUAUCAUUUCCUCAAAGGGGUGGGUUUCGUCAUCUGCGGGUCGAAUGAAAACGAUUCCUGCAAACUUAAUCUCGUAAAAGCGAUGUUUCCUACCCGCGAUUUCCACCAGUUCGUUUUAAUUGUCAUGUUUCUCUCUUGUUUUCACCUGCGAUGUGAAAUGGCAGAACGCAGUUUUUUCGGACGAUCCGGAGACACCGUUUCCUUACACCCCGAAAAUCGGCUAUCUGAAGGCAUUGCGGACGUCAGAUGGAAAUAUAACGAUACAUCUGUGUGCUCUCACAGAAAAGGACAUGCAUCGUGUAUCGAAGGGUACAACGUUUUCCCAAAUGGGACACUAACACUUAAUGCCAGCAAAUCGAGGGGAGGCACUUACUCUCUGGACAUGUUUGAUGAGGAUGGGAGAUCCAUACCGAACCCGACUAUCACACUCAGGGUCCUGGAUCCAACCCUUCUGUUUGACCCGGGUGUUCCAGUGAGGGUGGAUAAGACGGAGGAGGACAGCUGUCUCUUGGAGUGUCCACUGAAGGACCCCAGGGCCACCGACUUCUUGCUUCGCAUGCAGAACGGUAGCUCCACCCCCCCAGGCAUGAGAUACACCACGGACCCCAGGAAAGGAAUCACGAUCCAGAACCUCCACCCCAGCUAUAACGCGGACUAUGUCUGCAGCGCGCGGCUCCAUGGGGUCGAGAGCAUCUCCAGGAUGUUCUCGCUUGAAGUCUUUCCGAAGAUACGAGCCCCACCAAGCGUAUCCCUGGAAAAGGAUGAGUACGUACGCAUCGUUGGAGAAAGUCUGCAAAUCAUGUGCAACACACAUAAUCCAGACUCCCUCUAUCUUGUGAGAUGGGAACACAAAUCCAAAACCGCAACGGAAAGGUCAUAUGUGGACUGGGAUGAUAAGGGACUUAGUGUCAACAGAGUUUUGACCAUUCCAACAGUAUCCAUGUCUGACACAGGGAACUUCACCUGUAGAGCCAAAAACAAAGUUGGAACCAACAGAUACACUGCAUUCCUUCAGGUUGUAGAAAAGCCGUAUGUGCAGCUGUCCUCUGCCCUGCGUCCAGAGCUGACUGUGAAUGGCACAGCGGUGACCGUGACCGAGGGGGAGGAUGUGGAGCUGAGAGUGGCAGUGCAUGCAUACCCCCCCAUAGAGGGCUGCUGCUGGACCACACCGGGGCCUCACAACAUCUCCUGCAGUGGGCAAAGGCUUCACAACCUCAGCACCAGGUAUGAAGAAGCUCUGGUGCUGAGGAGAAUGACUGCCGACAAGCAAGGCCAGUACAGCUUCUGCGCUACAAACCUUCACCUCACCCAGUCGCUCACCUUCACCAUUAAGAUCCACCAAAAGCCCGUUACUCGUGUGAGAAGGUACAACAGCGCCCUGACUUGCGUUUCCUCUGGAUACCCAGCACCCAAACUGGUCUGGUACCAGUGCUCAGGCGUCAGAAAUUCGAGCUGUGAGAGUGACAGAGAGCCCCUGGACUGCCCAGCCACGCAGACGACGACGGCACAGAGAAAGGACUAUGGGCCAGUGGAAGCGAGGAGCGUGCUCAGUUUGAGUGGGCUCCCCCAGGAGAGAACCUUUGAGUGUGUGGCCUCUAACGUGGUUGGAGAGAGCAGCGACAUGUUCACCCUGAACGACCCUCCUCCAACCACUCAUCACGCUUGGUUUAAGAUGUUCAUACCCAUCAUGUCUGGAGCUGUUGGGUUGGCCGUUUUUUUCCUGCUGCUGCUGAUCAUCUUGUUCUAUAAGUACAAACAGAAACCCAGAUAUGAAAUCCGGUGGAAGAUCGUCGAGGCCUGCGAUAGCACGAGCUUCAUCGAUCCUGCCCAGCUUCCAUAUAAUGACCAUCUGGAAUUUCCCCGGGAGAAGCUGGAGCUUGGGAAAAUCCUGGGUGCAGGAGCAUUCGGGAAGGUGGUGGAGGCGACCGCUUACGGCCUGGAGAAGGAGGACGACAUCGUGCAGGUCGCAGUAAAGAUGCUGAAGCCGAGCGCUCGCUCUGAUGAGAAGGAAGCGCUGAUGUCGGAGUUGAAGAUCUUAAGCCAUCUGGGAAGGCACGAGAACAUCGUCAACCUUCUGGGAGCCUGCACUCAUGGAGGCCCGAUACUGGUGAUCACUGAGUACUGUUGCCACGGAGACCUUCAGAACUUCCUACGAAACAAGACGGACACCUUUCUGAAUUUCGUCCUGAGCUUGCAAGAGAACGUACGGGACUACAAGAACGUGCACCCUAAGAGGAUGUCGAGCAAGAGUGACAGCGGAGUCUGCUCCUUACAUUCUGGUUAUAAUCAGAGGCCGACAUUGAUGUCAACAGGAUCUUCUCAGGGUUCCUCGUGUGACGACGACGAUAUGGAGAGCUGGCCGCUGGACAUGGACGACCUGCUGAGGUUCUCCUACCAUGUUGCCCAAGGACUGGAGUUCCUUGCUUUGAAAAAUUGCAUCCACAGAGACGUGGCCGCGAGGAACGUGCUCCUGACAGACUCCCGGGUGGCUAAGAUCUGUGACUUUGGCCUGGCCCGGGACAUCAUGAAUGACUCCAAUUAUGUAAUUAAAGGAAAUGCCCGCCUGCCUGUUAAGUGGAUGGCACCGGAGAGCAUCUUUGACUGCGUGUACACCGUGCAGAGCGACGUCUGGUCCUACGGGGUCCUGCUCUGGGAGAUAUUCUCACUGGGAAUGAACCCAUAUCCGGGAAUUCCAGUAGACACCAAAUUCUACGAGAAGAUCAGAAACGGUUACCAGAUGACCCAGCCAGAGUUUGCCCCCUCGGAGAUAUACACGAUUAUAAAAAUGUGCUGGAACAUGGACCCUGGUAGUCGGCCCACCUUCCAUGACAUCAUCCAGCUGAUCGAGGGGCUGCUCUAUGACCAGACACUGCAGCCGAUGUACCAGAAUGACCAGCACGCUGUGCUGGGCCAGCAGCCUUUGUCAUGUGACUGUCCAGCGGGCUGCGUGGAUCCCAGUGACCAGUCAUGUCACCAUCUACACGAAGAUCAGCCUCUCAUGACAGCCAACAACUACCAGUUCUGCUGAGAGCUCCACCUCGCCGGCGUUCCAUAAGGUCAUGGCGUCUCUGCUCGUCACUGCGGUCAAGCUGUCCCCACGAUUAAUACGACAUGCCGCACUUUGUAGAAAUUCUCAAACCUUGGAUUGAAAAAGGAAAAAAAAACACCAAACACCAUCUCCUACACAAGCAUGAGGUCGCUGGUCACCUGUUACAUAUUAACACUUUCAGAUUUUUAGUUUCUAAAAAGACCAAAAUGCUCUAUUGCACAAAGUAAAUUUCACUGCCAUUUGUUACGUUAAUGUCUUUUCUGAUGAAAUAUGGAAACAAUUUACUGCCUAUUGUUCAGUGAACUGGAACUGCAGACAUUCCAUUAUAUCUCUCUGUACAUAGUGUUUUUUCCAGUUGAAUUAUUGUUAUUGACAUUGUUGUCAUUUCCUGUUUGUUCUUUGUUGUUACAAUGAUAUGAAGUCAAUGGCAUGAAGUAUGCCCGAAGCAUGUGUCAUGUAAAUCAUGUGAUACAUUAAUCCUGUGACACGUGAAGCAUGUGAAACUUGAGUCAUGUGACACAGGAGGGAGGAAGCUAUGAGGCUUUAUUUGGGAAUGAGAGCGGACAGAAAGCAAAAGGUGGCCGGUUCGCGACGCAGAGAAACACACGAGAAAACAAAGUCAUAAUUGCUUCCGAGUGACAAUUCCAGUUACACAUCUUGUAUAUUUAUGACUUGAGACUCCCAACACAUUUGGAUAUUUACCCCAUUUUAAACACCCCUGCUAACAAGUAAACAGAUGCCAGAUAUUUGGGUUGGGGUUUAUUGUGGUAUAGUAGCAGCUAAUGAUAAAUGGAGAUGGUUCUCAUGAUGGGAGAAUAUGCUGUCUGUUACAAAAAAAAUGUUUCUGAUUCUUUACCUUUUAUGAAGUGCUGUCAUCCUGCUCUAACCAUGUCCACUUGUCACGUAGUUUUCUAUUUUUCCAGAAUAUUCUUGCCACCUCUUUUUUUGCACAUUAGAAUCAAUGUAGCAUCAGACUCUCUCUCUGUCUGUUAUCUAUCGAUCAGCCAAUCAGUCAAUAAAGGACAUGGCUUUGGGUUUCUUUCAUCUAUCUAUCUAUCUGUCUAUCUAUCUAUCUAUCUAUCUAUCUAUCUAUCUAUCUAUCUAUCUAUCUAUCAUCUAGACUCAAAACAUAACUUUAUUUUUUUUAUUUGUGGCUGCAUUGUAAAACUGUAAAAGUUGUUAUUUCUGUAAACUGUAGACUUGAGAGAGUUAAGAUGUAACUGUAGAUUUGAGAAAUAAAGUGGCUUCAAAAAUUUUGUACUUUAGAGAAUUUCAUUGAAUUGGGGUCAGCACUGCUUGUUGCAACACCUUGCACUGUAAAUAGCCCUUGGGUUUGUCCGAAUUCAAUCGUCUGGCUAAAAAUGGGCAGUCUGCUUUCAGGCGAAUGUUUUUUUGCACCUU